AUGACACUCGAAUCUACACUAAGCCUACACUUUGACGAUGACGAUGAUGGCGAUGAUAAUGGUGAUCAACAUAACAAUAAUAACAAUAGUAACAAUAGUAAUAAUAACAACAAUAAUAGGGUAGAUACAAAGAAGGAUAGACCUGUGUUUAGAACACCUGUAUUGUCUGGAUCUAUUGCUUGGGAUGGUACAAUGGCCAGUGCAAAGGAUACUAGUAGUAACAACAACACUAUUGAAAUGACUCCAGUCGUCAAUGCUUCAGCUUCAUCGUCGAUGACCAACCACAGUCACCACCGACAUACAUCACCUCCAUCACACAAACAAAUAGCUACAAUGACCAAUGGUAGACCUCGAUUUGCCGAACCUAUUCUAUCAAUGGAUCCAAAUACCCAGAGGGGUGGAGGUGACAUGGAUGCUAGUUUAAUGCCAAGUGGAACGAUGCAACCAACUCAAUUGUUUAGAGAACCUGAUAUGGAUGAAUCAUCGGUAUGUCAAAGUAAACAAGAACGUGGAAUGUGUAUUAAAGAUGAUGACAAUGAAGAAAAGAAGGAAAUUGUUAAACCAAAUAAUACAUCACCAACAUCAACAACAACCAAUAAUAAUAAUAAUAAUAAUAAUAAUACUACACCUGGUGGUAAUAAUAUUAAUAAUAAUAAUAAUACAUCGACGACAUCAACGACAUCAUCAACUGGAAAGAAUGUAUUGAAUUCAAGUUCAUCAAUGUCAACUCAUGAUACUACAAUGACGAAUAGUAGUAAUAUAUCAUGGCAUAUUAAUACAUCAUCGACAGAAUAUUUAUUGGAUGAAGAUGAAGGUGUACCUGAAACACCACCAGAUCAAUUAAAACGUUUGAGUGAUACUUCGAUGUUGGUAUUGGAUCAACCACCCAUUCGAAUGCAAAUAGAAGAUACAAUGGUAUCAGAGUUUAAAAGGGAUCAAUCAAAAGGUGUUGAUGAUAUGAUUGAAGGAAGAGGAAAUGGAAAUGCAAGUGGAGUUAAAAGUAAAAGUGGAAAUGGAAACAACAACAACAACAACAACAACAACAACAACAACAACAAAAAGGAUCAAGAUGAUCAACCAAAUAGUUUGGAUGCAGUUGAAUUUAUUCAACCUAUUCAUCAACAAAAUGACAAUGAAAGAUAUUAUUCUUUUGAAGAAUUAAAUCAAUUAAAAAGAAAGAAAUCUUCAUCAUCCUCAACAACAACAACAACAACAACAACAACAAGUGAUAAAAAUAAUCAUCAAGAUGAAGAUUUAGUUGAUGAAGAUUUUGAAAGUGGAUUUAUUGGAAAGAAACAAAAAUCAAAUGAUGGAUUUAUUAGUACAAACAAAAAGACCAAUGGUGGUGGAAGUGGUAGUAAAAAGACACUAUCUUUUGAAUCAGAUUCUUCAGCUCCAUCAUCAUCAUCGACAACUACUACCUCGGCUUCAUCGACUGGAAAAAAGAGAUUGUCAACCGUACCAUCAUCAACGACUCUUAUCAAAGGAUUAGACUUGGAUGAAGUUGAAGCACCUUUAGAACCAUCACCUCCAAGAAUGAAAAAGAAAAGGAAAAGGAAAGAGAAAGAGAAAAAGAAAGAGAAAAAGAACAAAAGGAAAAGGAAAGGAAAAAGAUUGAAAAGGAAAAGAAAAGAGAAAGAGAAAUGGAAAAAGAAAGAGAAAGAGAACAAAAGGAAAAAGAGAAAGAAAAAGAGAGAAACAGGAAAAAGAAAGAAAAGGAAAAGAAAAAAGAGACAACAAGAGGAAGAAGAAGAAGAAGAAGAGGAAGAGGAAGAACAUGAAGUGGAAAAUGAAGAGGAAGUUGAAGAGGAAGUAGAAGAAUCACCAAUUAAACCAAGAAAAAAGAGUAGUAAAAAAUCGCUCAAGAAAAAGGAAAAACGAGUUGUAGUGACUGAUGAUGAUGAUGAUGAUGAUUCAGAUGAAGAUAUUGAAGUAUCAGAUCAAGAAACAACAACUAAAAGAAUUCGGGUUGUUUUACAACCAAAAAAAAAACAUGGAAAAAAAUCAAAAAAGAAAGUGGAAGAUGAUUCAGGAGAUGAAGAAAUGGAAAUAGAUCAAUCAAACCAAACAAAUGGUGGUGGUGGUAAUGGUGGUGGAGAAGAAGAUACUGAAGAAGAAGAACAAAUUGUAGAGAAAAUAGAACCACCUCUACAAAGAAGAGGUACACUUAUGAAAUCACCAAUUGCAUUUAAGAAAUCAACUUGGACCAGUGCACCAUCUCAAAGUUCACAACAAUCACAACAACAAAAAUCAUCUUCACAAAAAUCAUCAUCAUCAUCAUCACAAAAAACACAAAAAUCAAUCAAAUCAGAAUCAUCAAUUUUUAAAGGAUAUAAUUUCCUUUUAACUGGUAUACCAGAAGUUGGUGAUCCUGAAAUCAAUAUAUCAACAUUGGUAUUAAAAUAUGGAGGAAAGAUAUUACCAGUACACGAUUUUUUCAAGGCAUAUAGUUAUAGGAGCAAAGCAAACCAAAGUAUCUAUUUAAUAUUAGCAAGUGAACAACAGAAAACAUUCAAGUAUCUAAGUGGCAUUGUUCACGGUAUCCCAUGUAUCAACAAGAAAUGGGUAUUAGACUCUAUCGAUCAAGAAGAACCACUCCCCUAUAAACCAUAUCGUUUACCUUCAGGUUAUUGUUUAUCAAAAGACCAAAAUGUUUUAUUAAAACAUGGAUCAAAUGCAAUUUUAUCAAAUACAAGAAUUGAAAUAUUUGCAGAAUCUGUAUUUUUGGAGGAAUGGACUACACUGUUGAAAUCACUCGGUGCCAAGGUUGUAAAAAGAAUUAUUAGUGUAAAUGAUCGUGUUGAUAUAGUAUUGACAGAUGGUAAAAAGAUUUCAAGUGUCCUAUUAAAAUAUACAAAUGCCAUGAAGAUUCCGGUUGUCACGACAGAUUGGGUCAUUCAAUCAAUCCUUGAAAAAACUAAAUUACCUUAUAAUCAACAUCCAUCUUUUAGAUUUAGAUCGGAAUUUGACAAUGAUAAUGAUAAUGAAAUUGAAGAUGAAAUUGAAGAUGAUGAUAAAUAA